AUGAAUAUAGGCGAUGCUAUUACUGGAUAUGUCGAGGCGAUGGGAUCCAACGUCACGGAGUUCAAGGUCGGCGAUCGUGUUGGUGCGUUCCACGAGAUGACGACGCAGCAUAGUUUGUUCGCCGAAUACGCCAUCGCGGUGGAGAAAUUCACGUUCCACCUAGCGAAGCAGACGUCAUUUGAAGAGGCGGCUACCAUACCACUUGCAGCCAUGACGGCGGCCUCGGAGCUUUUCUGUUCUUUGGGCCUACCUGAGCCAUGGGCCAUGCGCGGUGCGCGCUUUCGCAGUCAAACUGCUCAAGAGGGCACGGGUACACCCGUUAUUUCUGUUGCGGGGCGAGGUAUUUCCUUCGUCGAAAGUCUGCUCGAUAAAUCCAAGGGCGAUAUCGUGAUUGCCUAUCGUACCGGCAACCGGAAAGUCUUUGAGGGUAUUCAGAGCGCCAUCCCUAACAGCAGUAAGCUCCUGUACGCUUUUGACGCCGUCAGUGAUGGUACUAGCCCCCAGAAUCUUGCGCAGGUACUCGAUCCUCACGGCAAUGUCACCUUUGUUGUCCCAGGAGCAUUCCAGGAGAUGCCACCAACAGUGAAGAAAAGCGUCACUCUCGUGUGGGCUGUACAUGGCAACCCGAUCGCUGGAUCUGCAGAAGACUUAAGUGACUUUGGUAAGUCCUCGCCUGCUUUUUCGAAUCGUCUCAAACACGCCAAUAUGUCGACGACAACAACCUCCCUCGUGCCCUCGCCCCUCAGUUCGAGCUACAACACGGCCCUGCAGACGACACAGAAAGCCGCGUCACAAGCCUCGCAUGCGGUCACAGCUGCCACAAGUCAGGUCUCGCAGCAAGCGCAAAGCCUAGGCUUGACGACACCGAAGCCAGCCGCAGUGUCAACUCCGACGUCAACGCCAGGCAAAUUCAGACACCCGUCAACGACGGAAAUCUUAAGGCGUAACGCUUCGUCCACUAUCACCGAACGGCGUGUCAAGGGCGCAUUGACGAACGCUGCGGCUUUGCUCGCUUCCUUCAUUUUUAGCGAUGUAUAUUAUAGCAGCGUGACUCCUCUUCUCAGCAAGACGGGACUACUCGACGGCUCGCAGGUUUCGUCGACCGUGCUCCUCCUUCUCCGUCUCCUCUUUUGCAUCAACAUAGCACUCCUUCUCCGCCCUUUAUUACCCUAUGCCCCCAGCCGGGACGAAGUCGACGACAUUCCCUUGACGCCAUCCCAACGACAACUGUUGGGUCUGGCGCCUUCGACCAAAUCUCCGCCCGCUUCAGGAGAGGUAUCGGCAAGCUACAUCACACCUCCGCGCUAUCGACGUGUUUCGAACUCCCAAUACUCCGGUGAAAGCAACAACGGUUCCCCUCAUGCGUCGACGGGCCGCCGCAGCAUUUCCGCAAACUACUCUUCCUCCCCGCUAUCGACAUCGCGGUUCACCCACGGCUCCUCACCCACGCCCUCCCAAUCCAUUACUUCACGUCGCACAAAUUCCGGCUCACCCAGAGCAAGCCCGCUCUUCCACAGAGCAAUUAAGAAUCAAUCUCAAUCGCAGAUCUCUGACAUUGACUACAACGCGAGCGCAUUUUCCUCAUUCGGCGCCAGCACAGGCACAAGCGCUAACACCGGCUUUGGUGGCGGAAGCUUAAGUCGAUCGCAGAGCAUGCGCGAGAGACAGAGACCAGGACGAGAUAGCCAGGAGCCGAUGUCGCCUUCUCCCACCAGAGGACCUCAGCUCGUGCCUGGGUUGAAUUACAAGUGGUUGUACGACAAGGGGAGGAAACUGCCGAAGAGCGAGUCAAGUUAUGGGUUUUGA